CAUCUUUGAUACGCUGGUGGAUGUCGCAAAGAAGACCUCUUAUAAAAACCGUGGCACAACGUUUCUUCUUUCUCUUUGUUCAGCUAACGUCUGUGAAAUGUUGCAUUGCUACAUGUCCUCCUCAGAAAGUUGCUCUGUGACUGCUGGCAUAGACUCCAGUCUACCUCAUGAUGGUGGUGUUGAAACACGUGGCUUCGGAUGAUUUACGCCAAUGGCGUUUGUACGUGCUGAACAUCUGCGUUUGAUGCAACGUUUAUAAAUCGCAUUGAACGCGAUAAUGAGUCAAGUUGGCGAUGGCAGUAGUGACGUUUCCAACUGAGAGAUGUACGAAGACCAAGAAGUCCUUUUGGUGUACAUUUUGGAAUAUGAUCUCUGGCUUCUGCAUGGAUGUCCCCUAAUGUGCAAAUGUAACUUUGAAACUUGAAAUGGUGUUGUAGAGUUUUGAAUGAGUUUGUUUGGAUGAAUGUCUUUCAAUAAAAGCGUGAAAACCUUAACUUGUGACGUGUGGUUAUCUGGUUACUACUAUUUGAUGACUGGAGUGGUGCUUCACUUCAUUAAUCUGGGUUAUGGUGCAACUUAAGUUUACUUAAUGUGCACAUCAAUAAGUGCUUUAGCCUAUAUACCAGGGAUCUCCAACCCUGCUCCUGGAGAACUACCAUCCUGAAGACUUCAGUUCCAACCCUGCUCCAACACACCUGUCUGUAAUUAUCAAGUAACCCUAAACACCUUGAUUAGUUGGUUCAGGUGUGUUUGAUUGGGGUUGGAGCUGAAAUCUGCAGGACAGUAGCACUCCAGGAGCAGUGUUUGAGACCCCUGCAGUAUAUACCAUUAUGAAUCUUUUAAAGAAUUUACUAGCAAAUGCUACAACGACAUACGUCCAAUAUAUUGAGUGUGGGCCGCUGAGCUAAUAGACAAUACAUUGUAUAACCCACCGUCCUACACGGAUGAUCCACUCGUUUCUGACUGCAGGAAGACCGGGUUCCCGAAACCGUUACAUGCUCCCUACUUCCGGAUUAUUGCUCAUGCUCGCUUCGUUGUACGGUUCAUCACCCGAAUGAUAUUUCAGAGCGAGUUUUCAUAGAUUCGCGUGUGUCUGAAAGACGAGCUCUCUGUAUAAACUCUGAAUCAAAUGUACGACGUUUUCAUCUAGACUAGCGCAACUGUUGGAUUUACGCGUUUAAAUGAAACUUGUAAGAUUUAUGAACAAUCGUGCACCAUCUAAUAAGAGAUAUCAGCCAACAGAAUAUGAGCACGCUGCUAACUGUGCCACACAUGCGCUCUGGAUCAUUCCCAGCAUUGUGGGUGGGAUCUUGUUGUACCUCUUAUCCGAUGACCACUGGGAGGAGAUUUCAGCAUGGCUGUAUGGAGCAGGACUAUCAAGCCUUUUCAUCAUAUCCACAGUUUUCCAUACUGUCUCCUGGAAAAAGUCUCAUCUCCGAUCAGUUGAGCACUGUUUCCACAAGUGCGACAGGAUGGUGAUCUAUUUCUUUAUUGCAGCAUCCUACACACCAUGGCUGACACUGCGGGAUCUUGGCCCAUGGGCUGCCCACAUGCGUUGGGUUGUCUGGGUGAUGGCCUCUGGAGGAACUGCCUACGUGUUCUUCUUUCAUGAAAGGUUUAAAGUUGUAGAGCUGAUCUGUUACAUAGCAAUGGGUGUUUUCCCCGCUCUUGUCAUCCUCUCUAUGGCAGACAGGUCAGGUCUGUGUGAGCUGUUGGUUGGUGGUGGGUGUUAUGUGUUGGGCAUGGUGUUCUUUAAAAGUGAUGGAAUAGUGCCCUUUGCUCACGCUAUAUGGCACCUCUUUGUUGCAAUGGGAGCAGGCAUCCAUUACUAUGCCAUCUGGAAGUACCUGUACACACCUGUCAAUCAACCAACCAGUACGGCCCGGUGACACACAUAUGCAUACACCUAACCACAAAAUCAUUUGAAUAUAUAUUUACCACUGAAGUGCUUAAGUUCUACUAAAGCAUAAACAGCAUUGUUUAUUUUUUCUGUUGUGUUUUUGCUAGCAGAUGGUUUGACUGAUGUAAUUCUUGUCACUUAUUAAUAGGUCUUUAACUAGCACAUACAACAUCUAGCCUUUGUGAGACUACAGGCAGCAGGGGUCAUUUUGGACCUGAGACCGUGUGCAAAUCCUGAGACUGAUAAAGGAUCCAGAACAAGAACGAUUCUAGAAAAACUAUGGACGUAUUACAUGAAGGUUUACAAUUUUUGUAAAAGGUACUGCAAAGGUAAAAUCACUGCCAGAUAUUUGUAAAAACACUCAACCUGAGGUGCGUUUCCCAAAAGCAUCACUAGCUAUCUAUGGUCACAAGUGUCAUUGAAUUCUAAUUGUAACAACGGAAGUUGCGACCAUAGUUGCUUUUGGGAAAUGCACCCUUGGUUAGUAAUUACUUGACUACAGUUUAAAGGUAUUUUCUGUAAUGUUUUUAAACCGACUUGGGAUUAUUCUACUAAUUCAGCCACUGCCAGUGUGGAGAUGUUCUUAUUUAUGUCAGUAAUAUGAGUACAUUUCGUAUUACUGUACACAGUAUCAAUUCUCCAUGCUUCUAGUCUAGUGCUAGUAUGUUGCAUUUUUGGGUGUGUAAUGUCUUUGGAAAAUGCCACAAGUGCUUGAUGACAAUGUCCAGGAAAAGAUUUGCCUGGACAGGACAUCUGAUUUCAUGGUUUAAUGGAAUAUAUUAUGAUUGUGCACUGUUUUUUUUUUUACUUUAAAGUGUGCUUCAUGGUAAUGUCUAUUAAUUGGUUUUAAUCAAGUCAAAAUAUUGUUUAAUAAUAAUAUUGAAUGACUGAAUCAACUUGACUACGUUAUAGGCUUACACCAACAAAAAUACUUUUGAGGGUUAGGUUAGAGAAAUAGCUCACUUUUUACCAUUUUAACAGUAUAGUAUAUUGAGACUUGCAUGGGACCAAUUUAAAGGGUGUUGCCCAUUUUACUGCAUUCCAUUUCAGUGACAAUCUGAAAACAAAAAAGUGUUUUAUCUUAGAUGUUAUUUAUUAAUUUCAAUUUACAGCUGCUGUUGAUGUUGUAUUAUGGAUCAUUUUAUAUGAGCGCUUAAUAAUAGGGUAUAAAACAUAUACACUGAAAAUUGUCAGCUAUUUGCCUUCUUCAUUUAAAGGUUUCACAAACAGGAGUAACAACUACAUUUUGAGAGAAUACUGAUGUACUGACUUCAGUACUGAGAGUCAGAUUCACCUCAAAUUAAUUUGAGAGUCGUUAAAGAAACAAUUCACCCAAAACUGAAAACUGUCAUCAUUUAAUUAACCAUGUUUUGUUCCAUACCUGCAUAUUUUUGGUUUUUCUUCUUUAAUUUAAAUGUUUAGGCUACUCUUUUUUUUUUGUUGUUCUUUUCUUUUCUUUUUUUUAUGGAGGCAUGUUUCCGCCACAUGAUAAAAAAGAUAAUUGCAACUUUUUUAUCUCACAAUUUGAAUAUUUUCUCUUGUAAUUAUAAGAAACAAACAAACAAACAAAAAAAUACUCAGAAUUGUGAGAUAUAAACCUAGAAUUGCCUCACAAUUCCAAGUUUAUAUCUCACAGGUCUGAGUUUGGAGCAACAUGAGGAUGUAAAUGAUGGCAGAAUUUUCACUUUUGUAAUAACUAUAAUACACAAUUGGCACACUUACCAUCUUAGCUUCAGUGUUAACCACUGGUCAAGGUUUGUAAAUUAGCCAUCUGUUUAUUUGACUGAUCAGCCAAAGCAUUUGCUCUCAGGGUUGCCAUCUCACUGGUUGGUACCAUCACAAUUCUUUAAGCAUUCCAUUUUUGGUGCAAUCUCUUAGGCCAUACAUAUUUUAAUAACUGUUUAACAUUGAAAAUAAACUUGAACAUUGUAGAUAGUAUUUUUAAUCAGGGCUAAUAAGUGAUCAGGGGCACAUUGGUUGUUACAGCUACUGAUUGUCAAGUCAAGUUUAACGCAGAAAAAACAAGUCUGCAGUUUUUACCUCUCCGACUACUAAACUGAAGUCUAUUAAACAGGUAUUUAAAUUUGUAUGGCCUUUACAAUCAUAUAAAACUCUUAAGAGUUACCAGUUGUAACAGCAUUUUUUUAACAAAAUGUAUAUUUAUUGUUUUACAUCUUAAAAAAUAGUAUUUAAUGUAUUGUGAAUAUAGAAAGUGUUUGGUCAGUAGUUGUAAUCUACGUGUACAAAAGCUACAAAUUCAUUAUAGUGUUGAUAUUUGCGUUCACUGUGCUAAGAUUAAACAUUUCGCAGGCAUCUCUUUUUGAUAAAGAUGUUAUAUUUGAUGAUAAGUGAAUUUCAGCUGAAAUGUGUAUGCUAUUGAAACACCUCGCCUCAGUAAGUGAACAUGUGUUUAUGCUUUUAGUGUUGCAACACUCUGUCAGGUACGUUUUUGCUCCCUUAAGGAUUUAGAUGAUAGUAAGGGCUGUUUGUGACUUAAAUUAAUAAGGUUUCAGUUUGAACUUGAAAUUGCUUCUGCUCUCUAUCUUGACUAAGUAUAAUAUCUAAAUCUAUACAUUUUUGAACCCAGUGGUAGAAUGAGUUUAUGUAUGUACCUAAAUUAUUUAAGACUUUUGAUAUUCUUUUGUAUUGUGUUUUGUUUUUACCAUUGUUUACUUUUUUUUAUCUGUUUAAGUAUCUUUGUUUGGUGUAUUAUGCUUUAUGACAAAGUGUUUGCUUGGGGGUUUAUGAAGUUUACAUCCAUUAUACAGCUUUCACUGCCAGUCAGCCUGAGAUUAAUACAUUUAGAUUUCCUUUGACCUUGAGUUUAGUAAAAAAAAAAAAAAAAAAAUAUGAAAACUCAUAUGAUGCUCGAGGAGUUGUGUUAGCUAGUUAGAGUGCAUGCUGAAUGUACAGAAGUCCUUCCGCAUACUUUUGAGUCACUAAUAUGCUGGAUUACAUGCUAAAAUGAUUAAAAGCAUAUGGUUACUUCUGACUCAAAGCUUAAAUAAAAUGCACUGCAACAAAAUUAUUGCACAAUUUAAUGCUGGUUUUCCCUGACAAGUCUUACUUAAAUUAUGUAUAGAAUUUGGCAAAGUCUGUUCAUGAUGCUUGAUGUACCAAACUUUCAUACAUCAGGCUUCCUACCUGUCCUUGAGUUAUGAAAAAUAUGUAUUCAGUAAAAUUACUGAAUCCUCUAUUGAAACCGAAUCCACUUGAAACCUAACCCUGACCUCACUGUAAAUAUCAUUUGUGCCUUUUCUAGUUUGGAUGUGUUUCAGAACAGUUCAAGGCUUUGUGUUGUUAGCCAUUCUGCUGAUUUACUCUGCAUAAAAAAGUGAACUUUUCACAUGAAGGUAUUUGUGAUUGUGAUUUUGCGGCAAUGUUUGUAUUGCCCCAGUUUUUGUAUAUGUAUUAAGACCAUGUUAUUUCAUACCAAUGCUUUUUAAUCCAGGAAAACUCCUUCUCUCUGAAUCAUUAUUUGAUGCCUGCAUUCUAUAUAUUUUGUAUGUCUGUGGGUUGAUCAAUAAAUGCUAAGAAUGAAAAAAAAAGAAAAAAAAAAUCCUUGCAUACUGUUGAAAUUUUAUACACACUUUUGAACCAAUUAUUUAUUACAUUGUUUAAGCCUACUUAUAAUACUUUUUACUGCAAAUCACAGUUAAUGUUGAAUACAGUCAUGUUGCAAGACAAUUUUUAUAUUUUAAACAAAUUCUUCUAUAAAUCCAUGUUGUUUGCUGUCUACUGAAAUAGACAGAACAUUUCUUAACAAUUCAAUUCAAGUUUAUUUGUAUAGCGCUUUUCACGAUACAAAUCGUUGCAAAGCAGCUUUACAGAAAAUUAAGUUUCUACAAUAUAUUUAGAAGUAGCUUGUCAGUGGUGACUGUCAAAUUGAUGUACAAAUGGCAGAAAUCUACAGUAAAAUUUAGUUAAUGAUGUAAUCAUUUGAUGUAAUGAUGUUAACAUUUGAUGUAAACAUCAUUUUAUAUACCUUCAAUUAAAUAAUGUUCAAUUGUAGUUUGGUUUUAUUUCUUUGUUACAGCCUUGUGAUCAUUUUCUGUAUUUUUAGAACAGGCUUUGAAAGAAUGGCAACGUUUUGACAAAAUGCAGCAUUUGCUCUAAAUGAUUAUUCAAUUUUAUAUUAGGGAUCAAUCCAUUCUACCCACAGCCUACAGAUGAAAUCACUAAUGUUUCAUGUACAAAUGUCUUCAGUGAGCUAAAAUGUCCUGGGAUUUGAAGGAGUGUAUGCUUCUUUCUGAUCUGCUGAAUGUCCCAGUAGAGGGCCCAACUUUACACCCUCAGGAAACUACAUAUCUAUUAGUUAUUCCACUGGACUGAAUUAUUCAUAGAGAUCUGCCAUGUUCUUAACAGACAUUUUCAGCAAAGUGCCCAAAUUACAUUAAAUGGCUAUUCCCAAUCUCCCUUUUGAACAUUUGCAUAACAUCCAUUCUUUAACCAUUGUAUUUGUCAAUGUAAAACCAUUUUGACUUCUCACUAAGCCUACAUUAUUUUAACUGCAGUUUCUAUUAAAAAACAAAUAGUACAGCCGAAAUAAGUAAUACUGUACUAAAAUUGAACAAGUUAAUUAAUACAUUUACUCACUCCUCAGAAAAAAUAAUGGGUAUGGGCCUAACAUUUAACAUGGUAUUGAAAUAAUGCUAGUAAGUAGGCCUAUUGUUAGACUAUUCAUAGUUUUAUAUGAAUGUGAGUGUUUUCUUUCACAGAAUGGGUGUUCUCUCCUUAUUUUUAUUUUGUAGAUAAAUAUGGAUCAUAGCCAUCUGAAUAUAGCUCACUAGAGCUGAACCAGGCUACACAUUUGCGCAAAUAGUGACACCAAAAGGUAUACCCAAAUUUUAGAAUGACUUUUCAUCAACCGGUGUAGUAUUUUAGUGGAUGACCCCCUUUAGUGAAAGAGUCCCCUUGUGAAAAGAAGUACACUUUAGAAUAAA